AUUGAUCUUUUCUGAGAACUUCAAGGGGCAGAUUGAAUAUUAUUCCUAAAAACAUCACAUACCCAGUUCAACUACUAGGGUUUUAUUCUGAUAGACACCGUUCAGCUUCCGUUUUCGCAGACAAACUAUCAGCUGCAAGCCUGCAACAUUUGAAGAAAAUGCCGUCGCACAAGACAUUUAUAAUAAAGAAGAAGCUAGCGAAGAAGAUGAGACAGAAUAGGCCGAUUCCUCAUUGGAUUCGUAUGCGUACUGAUAAUACCAUUCGCUACAACGCUAAACGCAGGCACUGGCGCCGUACCAAGCUUGGGUUUUGAGGAUUUCUCUGCUUCUUCAGUUUUCCCUUUUUAUUAGGGUUUUAGUUUGUUUUGGAUUUUUGGAUUUUUGAAUUUCGUUUGCUAAGAUUCUGAAAUGCAGCUCAGUAAUUGUUUUCUUUUUGCUAUUUUGUUUUAACUUAAUGGAAAUUAAUUAUAUUAAUAUAGAAACAAAUUUUAUAUUUUUAA